CACUGACUCAUUAACAUUGUAUGUAUAAAAGUCAAAGCUUUACUUAACAGCAGCUUAGUUAUAACAGAGCGCGCAACACUAACAGAACAACGGUUUGUUUGCUAGCACAACCACAGCAACAACAACCACAACCACAACAACUACAGCCGCAAGCACAAUUGCAGAGGAUUCCAUUGCAGAGAGCAGCGACAACACACAGAUUGUAAUGGCCGAACUGAUUGAAGAUAUGCAGCAGAAGGAGCAAGAGGAGCACGAGGAGCAACAUGAGCAGCUGGCCACAGCUCAAGAUGCUGACGUCGACACAAUGGCGCAUAAUGAGGAAGCGGAAACGCCGCUGCCUGACAGUGACGGCGACAGCGACAGCGACAAUAAUGCGGCGCCGGAGUCCUUGGCGGCCAUUGAAAACUUUGACUCGGAGUUUGACGAUGUCGCCGCGCCGCAAUUCGAGCAGCUGCAGUUGCAUGGAGAACGGGAGCGCGAACGUGAGGAACUGGAGUCCUCAGAUGAUGAGGAAAGCAAUCAUGAGGCGGCCAUUGAAAUGAGCGACACCUUUAAUGAUGAAUGGGCCUCGUUGGACAUUGCAGAUCCUGGCAAUGAUUUGAAUAAUCACAUUGACAUCGAGGUGGAGAAGUUUGUGCCCGUGGAUCUAUCCAAUGAUAUUGCUGUCAACGAUAUUGCCGCCGCGAAUCCCGACUAUCCAUAUAACCCAGAUGCAGAGCUGAUUGAUGUUGAGGGUGCAGCUGCAGCACACGUGAUGCCAAAGUUUGAGAAGCUAUCUCUGGCGCCGUUGCCCAAAUGAGAAAGGAAUUUGGGGAUAUAAUCUUAAGUGUUUUAGCUGUUAAGAACAAAAUAAAAAACUACACUCAUUAUCA